AAAUCUUCGGUUUGCAUUUCUAGGAAAGCCACAUUACUCCCAUCAACCUAUCCUAACUAAAAAUGUAUCUUUUUAAAUUUCGGGGUAUAUUUAUUUAAUGUCUGAUUCAUGUAUUCCAGAUUAGUUUCAGGCCAACACUGCUACUUUGGCUAAGCCGCCACCAAUAGAGGGAGAAAUCCGCCCCCUAUUGUAUGUAACAUGGCGGAGGAGUAUGGAGGCUCAUUCGGAUCAGGACUUUUAAAACAGAAAUUGACCACAUUGAGGGAAUCUUCUGAGAAUGCUUUACACCGGAUUAGCGGAUAUGCAAUACAUAUGUGACGGAUGAGACAAGUCGAUCACGAAAUCAAUCACUUCACUCGCGGCAGGAAUACAGAUCCGAGAAAGUACAAAAUACUACCAGGACAACAAAAACAAUUCGGAGAUGAACGGGGACAUCUUGUGUAACAGUCAUUCCAUCACGCUGUUAAGCUGUAACAACUCCAGGUCUCCUGGACAUAAGGACGAGGAUGGUGAGUGGUAUGGAAGGAGACUCACGUCCACGAGCUUGAAGAGUUAUGACGGCUUCUCCGAGAAGAAGAGCAGCCAGUGUUCCCCGCGCUGGCCGGAGGAGCCGGCUCUGCACCAACAGCACCAGUACCAGCACCACCAGCAGACCCCCUGCCUCCACGCCGGUGCCCCCACGGAGAGAUCACUUCCCCUGGGCUAUAGUAUCUCCCACAUGCCCCUCCACAGCAACACCUCCACCCUCUCCAUCACUACCACCACCAACACUAACCACGCCAUCCGGCAGAGGAGAGCGGCCCGGCACAAGGCCAGGGGGAAGAAGGCCACACUCAGAAUAGCGGAUAGGAACUCCCAGAACAGGAGGGUCACUGACUACUUCCCCAUCAGACGCAGCUCACGGAAGAGCAAAGCAGAGCUCAAGUUUGAGGAGAAGAGGCACAUCGAUGACCUCAUCACAAACGGUAUCGAAGAAGGAAUGGAGGUGCAGCAGAUCGAGGAGAAGGGCCGGGGGGUGUUCUCCACGCGGGGCUUCCAGAAGGGGGAGUACGUGGUGGAGUACCACGGAGACCUGCUGCUGAUCCCCGACGCCAAGAGGAGGGAGGCCGAGUAUGCCCAGAACCCCGCCACCGGCUGCUACAUGUACUACUUCCAGUACCUCGACAAGACUUACUGUGUGGACGCCACUAAGGAGACGGGGCGGAUGGGCCGGCUGCUGAACCACAGCAAGACGGGGAACUGCCAGACCAAACUGCACGACAUCAACGGCGUGCCCCACCUCAUCCUGGUGGCGUCGCGGGACAUCGACGACGGCGAGGAGCUGCUCUACGACUACGGCGACCGCAGCAAGGAGUCCAUCGCCGCCCACCCCUGGCUCAAGUACUGACCGGCGGGGUAGGGAGCGAGGGGAAACGCAUGGAGGUGAUCCGUUAAAAGGGAAAAAAUCGAACAUUGGUAUUCUGCGUUAGCGACCAUUCAAAUGCCUUAGUAGAGAAUAAUUAGUACCUUUUGUGAGGAGUUUGGGGGUUGGUGAUAGUCUCUGAGGGAGGGGGUGGGAGACUUGCUGAAGUUUAAUGAGGUACAUCUGCUUUCUACAACCUUUCACUUUGUAUUUUAUUUUCUGUAUGAUAGAUGCUAGUUUUUUUUGCCGCGCUUUAAUUUUGUACAGUUUGUAUUACGACUCUAUAUCCAGUGAUCCCAGAGCAUGCGGACAGCCAGGUACUUCUUGUUUAGCAUUUUCUAUCCCCCUUUCUCUUACUUAAGUUUAUAUUUACUCCGCCAUAAAGCUUUUAAUGAAAGAAAAUAAUGAAAAGUGCAAUUCCAGUCUGUUUUCAGCCAGUGGGACUGUCACUUUGAGUAACUGUAUAGUGUAACUGUUUUUCUUUUAGAUAUUAACAAAUAUAUGUACGUAUAUAUACGACAACACUGUCAAAUGUUCACUACUUAAUGGUGGACAAGACAGAAGGUCAUUAUUACUUUUAGAAGAUAAAAAUAUAUAUUUAUUCAAAUCACACAUUUCUUUUGUUAGGCAUAAAUUAUGCACUUAAUCAUGAUGACAAUGAUUAUAGAGCCCCUCUCUGUAAAGGCUUUUAUUCCUUCGCUUGUUUGUAUAAAAAAAACUACAAUCUCGAUUGUGACUGAAUAAGGCUUAAUUGUAUUAUUUGGUACAAACUCCAUUACUUUGAUCGGUUGGUGAUUUGUUUUGUACUAAUGAUUUUAAUUUAUCACUUUACACUCAUGCGCAUAAUUGUAUUCUCAAGCAAUAUCGACGCCCACAAAACCAACGGUUUGUUCGUCCUCCUACUUCCAACUGUACAUUUUUUUGAAUUUGCAUUGAAACCUUUCUUGUUGUUUUAUAUUUUAAUAAUAGACACAUAUCCGUCUCAGAGGUGGGAGUAGGUUCUGAAGUAGCAGACACACACAUUUCACCUCCCCAGCAGUACACGUCUGUACACUCCACGGUAGACUCAGAUCGCUAAUGUGUGUUUGACGUCAGAGGUCCAUGCCAUCUUAAACAGCAUUAUGAAAUGCUUUGCAUUGGACACUAUUUCGAUUUAUAGGCGAGAAUUUGAAUUGAUGUCCAAAAAAAUCCUAAUUUCAUCUGUUGGAGUCAGUUGAUGAUAAAACAAUUUGGUUAAUAUUAUUUUGUUAUAAAUGUCACAAGUGUUUGCAUGGGGCAAAAUGAGGUUUUGAUUAUCUCAAAGGAAACGUGCUACAAAUUGCCAUAUUCAGGAACAUUUACAUUUUGGUCAAAUCCAAGCCAUUUCAUGUUAAAAGACUCCAGGAAUACUCGUAUUACAAUAUAUAUACCGACUUAAUUAUUUUUUUAGAACACAAAAUGUAAUUACUUCUCUACUAUCCCUACCUAACUAUCUAAUUAGGGUGUUUUUUUUUACACAUAAUAUAUUUUCUCUCAUCUUAAAACACACUGUUACCAUUUUAAUCCUUUUAACUUGUGUAUAAUAUGCAAUAAAACUGAAGUGGAUCUCUGUUACGGGAGGGGGGGGGGAUAAAAUGUUGGCUGUUGUAGUGUUAAAAUGAAUCUAAAUAAACAUGUUUUAUGCCAAACACAA